AUGUCCUUUGAGCUUACUGGGAUGCAGUGCCAGUGGAAGUUCAGCUUUUCCGAAUACUACGAGAUUUAUAUCUGGGACUUCGCCCCAGGAAACGGCCUUGGCAAGAUGUAUAAGUACAUCAAGGAGUGCUUGAGCAAGGCCCAUCGUAUCAGGGGUAACCGUGACAAGUACAAACACAAGAAACCCGUCAUGGAGACCCUUACUCGCGAGCCAGACACCAUGCGCGUUCGAAAGAUUCAGCCUGGAGAAAAUGUCAAGAGUUUGUACGAUGAGCUUGCCGGACCUGAUGCGCAGUUCUAUGUUCGGACCAACCUGGGAAAGAUGAUCAGGACAUGCCAGGACGUUCCACCUGGGUGCUCCCCGUACGAGUACUACAACGAUACUGACGCUGCGGAAGAUGCAAUCCUCUUUGAGGAAGAACAGCUGGAAGGUGUGCAGAACAUACCGUUUGUUGAAAUAUCAAACCCGGUCCAGCAACUGGAGUCCACUCAUAUGCCCUUGAGCAUGCUGAACCACAAAGCCAAUCAGCUGACGGGCGAAAUGCCCGAUUCUUUGGAAGAGAUUCUCGGCGUCAGCCGGAAGAAGUUGGUGGAGAAGAAAGGCAACACGCCGUAUGCUCCUGGGUCCGAAGAGUUCCCCUUUGAGGCCCCGCCCAUCUGGCAGCAACAGCACGAUAUCAUCACCGAGACACCUCUCACAUCUCCCCGCGCCAAGCUGCUUACGUCCCUGGAUUUUGCUUCAAUCAAACUCAAAAUCAGCAUGGCAGAACUCGAGGAAACGGCCUGUGCACAGGAGAUCAUGGAGCGAGAUAGAUCCUACAUCUUCAAGGAUACGUUCCAUAUCGGUGACCUCGAACCCGGGGCACAAGAUCGAUACAUAGAGUCGAUGAAGCUCAUAACUGGUCUGCAGAAAUACUAA